AUGGAAUCGUCAGAGUUGUUAGAAAUUAAGGAGUUGCAAAGGCAAGAGCUGAGGCGUGUACUUCAGGAGUGCCAUGGGCCGAAGGACCUUAUUCUUGAUCCAGACAUUAUUCCUAUCCUUGAUAGAAUCGCCGGAAUGGCAUUCCUGCGCGAAAACGGCGUCCAAUCCGUACAUCGGAUAGAUCCCAAGAAGCUCGAGAUACCAUCAGAGAUCGACAAGCAUCUCUAUCUCAUGAGAAAUUCUCUUAAAAACGUGAAAACUGUUUGUGCGCAGAUAGCUCACGAUGUUCGCGUGAGACAGGCGAAGGGAACAUACCCGAGAAAACGGCAUUUGGUUUUUAUUCCUCGUCGGACGCCGGUUAUUGAAUUUACUCUGGAGCAGUAUGGAAACGGAGAUUAUACCUCCCUUCAUUGUGUUGCUCGCAGUAUAAACAAGCUCAUCGCUCAAUUCGGCCAUCCGACGAAUAUUUAUGGACAGGGUUCCGCCGCGAAAAUUGUCGAUAAGCUCGUGCAGAAUAUGUCUAAUAGAGAACCGCCUAAAACAAAACCGCUUAUUGGCAAUUUCAUUCUCAUCGACAGAAACGUUGACUUUAUUACCCCUCUAUGCACCCAACAAACUUAUACUGGUAUUCUUGAUGAUUGGUUCAACUCAGAAUGCGGCAAAAUUACGUUCCCUGGCGAAGUCGGGAUCAACGAAGAUGUCACAAAGCCGUUCAAGUAUAUUCUAAACUCGGAUGAUAAAAUAUUCAAAUUUGUCCGCGACGAGCAUAUUCAAGUAACAACUCAAAAGCUCCGCACCAAAUUGAAUGAAAUCAACUCAACAAAUGAAACACAACUUGAAAAGCUCGAUGCUAAAAAUAUGAAGACGUUCGUCAAAGCUAUUCCACAGCAUAAGCAGGACCAGAAAAACAUCAGAAUCCAUUGGAUGGCGUGUGAAUAUAUUUUCAAAAUGCUGGAUACUGAAAACUCGAAUCAUUUUCCAGAUACACUCGGAGAAUACAUAAAAGAAUGCAUCUGCCGCCGCUACAGCCCCAACGUAACCCUUCGUCUUCUCUGCCUGCUAUCCUCAACUUACUCCGGCAUUCCAACUACUCAGUACAAAGAAUUAAAACGGCUCUACGCCCAUACUUAUGGCUAUGAUCACAUUCUCACUUGGUUCAAUUUGCAGAGAGCUGGUUUGCUACUUGAAGACUCGGCGGGUCAGAACUAUGCCCAGAACGCGAUUGCAUCAACGGCUCUUGCCUUUAUCAACAAGCGGGAUAUGUUCAAGCAACUUCGCAAACGCCUUCACCUCAUCCCCAGCGACCGCGAAGAUUUAAAAUUCCCUCGAACAAUGGGCUACGUCUUCGGCGGUUGUUACAUUCCAUUGAGUUGUAAACUUGUUGAAUUGGCGCUGACAAAGGUCGACUUAGGCAAUGAAGAUCUUCAGAAGCAUAUUACUGGCGAGUAUUUUUGCAGAGUAAAGGGAGGUAGUGUCAAACAGACGGCCAGAAAAACAGGGCCAGAUGAUAGAUCGUCUUCGCCUGAGCACGUUGCCUUGGUUUAUUUUAUCGGAGGAAUCACUUAUUCUGAAAUUUCUGCCUUGCGUUUCUGGGCGCAAAAGAACCGCUUCAAACUCAUCUUUGCCGCAACUGCAAUAAUCAACGGCGACCGGAUGAUGAAUGCCUUUCUUCCUAACGAUUAA